CAAAAACUAGGUCAUGUUUUACAGUUAAUGAAUGAAAGAUUACAGUCAGGAUUUAGUGAAACUGAUAUUCUUAGGAUAUUUUGUGAUAUUUGUGAAGCUGUAUCAUGUUUACAUCAUAGUGUUAAACCAAUAAUUCAUAGAGAUUUAAAGGUUGAAAAUAUUUUAGUGAGUGAUAGUGGUCAUUAUGUUCUCUGUGAUUUUGGAAGUUGUGCAACAAAUAUAAUGGAUCCACAAGCCCAAGGAAUUCCUGCAAUUGAAGAAGAAAUUAGAAGAUAUACAACUAUAUCAUAUCGUUCUCCUGAGAUGGUUGAUUUAUACAGUGGUCAUCCAAUUACAACAAAAGCUGAUAUCUGGGCAUUAGGGUGUUUACUAUACAAACUUUGUUUUUUCACUCUUCCAUUUGGAGAAAGUGUCUUGGCUAUUCAAACUGGAACAUUUUCUAUUCCAAAUAAUUCACCAUAUUCAUUUAAGUUACAUUGUCUAAUAAGAUAUAUGUUGGAACCAGAUCCUGCUUUGAGACCAGAUAUAUUUCAAGUUUCAUAUAUAGCAUUUAAAUUGAUGAAUAGAAAUUGUCCUAUCAAGAAUGUUAAUAACACAUCUAUUCCUGAUUUAAAUAAACUUCCUGUUCCCCUCUCUGAAAAUGAAUCUAAAAAAUCAAUAUCAACACAACAAAGACUUCAGACAUCAACACCAAUAUUGGAAGGAACAUCAGUAGCACCAAGGCAAAGACCAAAAGGCCAUCAAGUAUUACCUGCAGUAGGAAGUUUGCCAUUAUUACCACAAGCAAAUCUUUUAAAUCCUUCAAAUUCAACUAUUUCACCAAGUCAACAAGCAAAUAUAUCUAAUAAAGGUUUUUCAUCAGCCUCUGCACCUUGUUCAACAGUUGUUACUCCAAGUCAACAAUCAGCUAACUUUACAAUUCAGCCAUCAACUUCUACUAAUAGAACUGCAUCACUAGAAGCUAUUCUUUCUCACUCAUCUAAUUUCAAUCCCUUUAUUGACUCAAAUCCAAACUCCCAUGGUAAUUGUGAUGUAGCAACAUUUAAGUUACCAUUAGUACCAUGUUCUACACAAGGUUUUAAAUCAGCUAUGACUAUUGGAGAAAACUCAGGAAAAUUAUUGGGAUCAGUUACACCACCAGCUUCUCCUAAUCCUACACAUUCACAUAGAAUACAUCGGCGCAAUGUUAGCGAUACCUCUGCCUUCAAUAAAACAUUUGCUCAGGAAACAUCACAAUUUUUAGCACCGUAUGGAUUACCUUGCAAGAAAUCUAGUUUAGACACUAGUAUUUCUUGUGUUCAACAGAAUCUUACUCAACUGAAUCCAUUUGGUGAUGAAGUACCAUUUAAUCAAAUGACAGAAGAACAUAUUAUAGGUCAGGAAUUAGAAAAAAUUAAAAGUCAAUCUCAUAAUAGUAAGUAUAUUAAGUUUUUUUAAUUAUAUUAUCCAAUUAUAAAAAGUAAUUUCUUUUUUUUAAUAUUUAUAACCUGCUGGCUGUAUGUUUAAAAGACAAUUUGUAAAGAGGAUACAUGUUAUGUGAGGGGGAAGGUUACACACCAAUUUUUAAAUUGCAGUUAAGAGCUCUUGCUUAUGGGAACAGCCAUUGCUGCAUAGAGUGGGGUGGGUUAUGGAAAAGUUUCAUUUUUAGCAAUUUUUUUAUGGGGUAUAUGAAUGAAAUACAGGUAGCCCUCGGUUUACGCCGCAGUUCCAUUCCUACAAAAGCCGGCACAAAUCGAAUCAGCAUAAAAUGAACCCGUAUUUACACUGAGGUAUAGGGUUGGGUUCUACAUAAUUGAAAAAUACGCAAAUAAUUUUGUUUAUU